AUGGACACAUCUUCGUACGGUGACUUUUACACUUCUCAAAAAUUAGUCAACGAGUUCCACAUGUUGCAAGAUAGUUUGCCGAUUACGAUGGAAGACAAAGAUGGUCACGACGACGACAACCAUGAGGAGGCGGAAGAAGUAACUAGGGCUGUCGCGUUGGAGGUAGCGGACGCAAACAAGACUGUAGAGCAAAAGGUGUUAGUAAGGAAUAUCGACAUUUUAAAGCGCAUAUUCGACACGCUUGGUGGAAAAGACCGUAUAGCUAAGAUUAUCAAGUAUGUUCUCGACCUACUGAAGCUGUGCGUGGCACGCAGCAGGAAGAGCAUCACAAGCUGGGAUCCUGAAGUUCUGCAGUACUACUCAAAGGUGCUCAAACAGCUGAACUUCCGCAUGGCCCUGCGUCACCCGGUUACGAUCGCUAAGAUCCUAACUGUGGCGAUGUUGCGCAACUUCGAGUCUAAAGCGACCCUGGUGAGCACUAAUCUCAGUCUAUUCAGGCAGAUUCUCCGGUUUGGAGGCACACCGUUCCGUGUGGCAGCCCUUUGGAAGAAAUUGCUUCUUACAACACAGCAGCUGUCGUCGCAGAAGGGCGACGACAUAAGUGCUCUUGCGACCAUGAACAAAAUAUGGCUCAAUGAGGCAUCUCUGGGGGACUUCAUAGACCUCUACUACGGCAUUAUGGAUGAGCUCAUGCUAAUGCAUAAGUUUAAACUAUGGUCACACACGGGCGUGCAUAAGUGGGUCGCCAAGCAUGAGGCCUUGUCGUGGUACUACGAUAUCUUGCUAGGUUUGAAGAAGAAUUGGUGCACUUUGCAAAACUUAAAACAUGCUCAGUUGGAGUUGGAAAUUCAGGCUCAGGUCAAGCGGCGCGCCUUGGAGAUAUCUUCCAGGUUGCACGGGCGUGGCACUUCCCCAAUAAAGAGACAAUUACUGCAAGAUUUACACGUCGAAAACAGCACUGACUCCGAACUCGCUGAAAGACUUGCUUCGCUGCAACGUGAGAAAACUGUGGUGUACUGUGACCUGGUCAGAUUGUCGUUUGACUUCCUGGCUGAUACAACAGACGUGUUUAACAUGAAAACGCCGCCGGGCACCUACGCCAUUUUAUCGCUAGCGUCUGGUCUCACUGGUUUUGUAAAACUCUGGAUUAACGCCAAACAAGACCUAUCUAGCCCUGCUGCAUGA